AUGAAAGUUCUCUGCACGCUUCAACCGUUGAUUCCUGCACUACUCUUCGUUGCUACCGCCACUCGAAGUUUGACGGUUGGGCAGUCCACGCAAGUCCUCGAUGAAAACACAGAGCGGACCGGACGCGUGCGACGGCAAAGCAGGCUGCUGUGCCUGGGCAACGAGCUGGUGACGUCGCUGGUAAACGAGCUCCUCAAAGCGAACCGCGAACGCAUCAAAGCCAGCGAACCGAUCUACAUCGGCGGAACACAAAACCUCGGACUACUGAAACUCAAGAACGGCAGGGCUGUCAAUGUCCACACGGCGUUCUUCAAUGGCGAUGUGAACGUGGACUGCAAGGACAGCUUCUGGAUCACGCUCACCUUCCCGGUAGGCAUCCGCAACCCGGACGUCAUCUUCGACUACAUGGUUCCCGGAGGACUCGUGUCCGGGGAGAUGAGGGCCAAGUUUGCUCUGUUCGGGGCCAACGUGGUCAUGAGGACGCCCAAGGUGAGGAACGUCUCCGCCAAGCCGUACAUCAUGGACGUCAACUUCUGGUCCACGGAGGGCUUUAAGCUGUCCCUGACCGGCCUGGGCCCCGUGACCGGUGCCCUGUCGACGGGCUUGGGCCUCGUCUACACGCUGGCGCCGAUGCCGCUCAUGGAGUUCUUCCGCGUCCUCAUGAUCAGGGUGCUGCAGCAGUUCCUAGAAGUCACGCCGCUGCCUUUCUAG